AUGUCAAACAGCAUCAUCAGUGUUUCCGUCGGGAACCACGAGUCCAAGGAAGUCAUGGUCUCACUUAUCCAACGCGACAUUAACUUCUUUCCCUACACUGAUCCAGAGGCUCGCCUCGCCGCGGUUCGAGAAAUCUUUGCCCCAGACGUCGUCCAGUUUGACUUCGACGGCACUACCCACCACAGCCACGAUGGCUUGCUAGAGCAUCCCUCCUUUCUGCUCGACGCUGAGCCGCUCGAAGGCGGAGCUAGUGUUUUAGGAAAGCUGAAACAGAUCAACUUUACCGCUACUAUAUGCCGAUUUGACGAGAAGCAACCCACCCGGGCGCAGCGAAACCUUAUCCUGGCAUUGAAACACUAG